AUGGAUAACAUAGUGUUUAAUGAAGAAAAUGCUGUUCACUGGAAUAACAAAGAGCAAGAGAUGGUGAUAUCAUCUGCGAAGGAGAUGGGAAAAAAUGCAAAAGAAAGGACUUGUUCUACUACUAUGUUAGUCAAGGGUCAGUGGACCGAAGAGGAAGACAGGAAUUUGAUGAAGUUGGUGAAGCAGUUUGGAUUGAAGAGAUGGGCUCAGAUAGCUGAGAAUAUGGUCGGUAGAGCAGGAAAACAGUGUCGUGAGAGAUGGCAUAACCAUUUGCGACCAGAUAUCAAGAAAGAGACGUGGAGUGAAGAAGAAGAAGUGAUGUUAGUGGAAGCGCAUAAGCAAAUUGGAAAUAAAUGGGCAGAAAUUGGUAAAAGAAUUCCGGGAAGGACGGAGAAUGCAAUUAAGAAUCAUUGGAAUGCAAGUAAAAGAAGGCAAAAUUCGAGGAGGAAUAAGUUGAAAAAAGAGGAAUCAAAAUAUAGGUCGAAUGUUCUUCAAGAUUAUAUUAGAAGCAAGUACUUCAGUGAUGAUAUCAACACCAUGACCAUGAGUACUACUACUCCAAAUGAUAAUAACAUGAAAAAUGCGUAUCCCUAUUCUGAUGAUGACGACUCUUCAUCUUUGCUCACUAAUCAAACAUAUGAUGAAGAAAUGAACUUCAUGCAAAAAUUGUUUGGAAAUAAUUCAUUGGAUGGUAAAGUGACUGAUGAGGCAAAUAUGACUGCUGAACAUCAACCUUAUCUUUAG